AUGCCCAAGCACUGUCAAAAGAAAAAUUGUAAUCCUACCUUGUUUCCUACUGAUUUAAAUAAAAGAUUUGAUACGAACGAAGAAUCAAUCCUUCAAGAAAUUAAGGUGCCCUCUCCGUAUGACAAAAGCCUUGUCAAAAUUUUAAAGAAGUUCGGCCAAUUGGAUGACAAUAAUGCAUUGUCAAAGAAGCCGCCAAAUAGCUUUAUUUUGUACCGAAAGGCUUUUCAACAUACACUAAUUAAUAAUAGUAUUCGUCUUAGUGCGAGUGAAAUUUCGAGAAUGGCAUCGAAAAAAUGGAAGACUGAAUCCGAUUCAAUCAAACAAGAGUACAAACGAAUCGCAGGCGAAAUUCACGAAAGCUUACCAAAAUAUGUAAGUUUGCCUCCUUCUCAAAAGGAACCUAAAAGUAAAUACAAAUGGCGUAUUUAUUCUGGUCUUAUAAAAAGAAAGAAAGGUUUAUCCUCCAAUAAAAAUUGUGAGCUAGAUAUGGUAAACUCGAAACAAAAUUCUUCUAUGUCAAAUUCCUCAGUUAUUGAUUCUCAAGAUUCGAUACCUUGUCUAUUAGCGAAUGAGAAUGUCAAAAAUUCUGAAAUCUCGAUAAUAAAUAUAUUUCAAGAGUCCUUUCCAUCGACAACAACAGAAAUUAUUCGUCAAGAUUUCAUAUCUUUUCCAUUGCUAAACGAAGACACUACAACGUAUAACAACGACAGCCAAUCUUUUGUAAAUUCACAACAACUAAUCCAAUCUCAGCUAAAUAUUGACCGUACAAAUCGAUUAUUGAAUUAUGAACGUUCUGUACCAAGCUUAUCAAUAAAUAAUCCUGUAGAAUUGCCAUUAGCAAUUGAGGAGGCUAACAAAUUAGAAAUUCACAACAUAGAUAUAUUUCAAGAGUUCUUUCCAUUGACAUCAGAAGAAAUUGAGUAUCAAGAAAUGAUGAAUUUUCUAUUGGAUGAUAAAAAUUUUAUGACAAUCGAUUCAGAUAAACAAUUUUUUGUUAAUCCACAACAACCUCACUUCAUAAAUCUCGAUUUCUACACAUGA